CUAACACAGGACCGAUGCAAGUAAAUAAUGAGACACAAAAAAAAAUAUUUAAUUGAAUCGUUGCUAUCUGGUUUAACAUUUUGGAACUUUUGAUAUUCACCUGGAGACAUGACAAAUAACAGUCAAAAUGGCCAUUUAAAUUAUGCCUAAACUACGGGAAACACAAAAUCAAAACCGAGUUUUAUUGAAUCAAACACAAAACCUGUAUAACUGACUACUUUACUAUCAUUUGUGAUAAAACAACAGGAAGUAUGUUACAUGAUCAUCCUUUUGUAUGAUAACAAAAUGUCACAUAGAGGUAAUUCCAGCUAAUGCGUUUAAUCGUUUAAUUGGUAAACUAAGCGCAGGCAUUGACUGCUACGGUGUUUAUUGGAUAUGAUAGAGGGUUCAUGCAAAUAACCAGUAGUCUUUAUUGGAUAUUAUUCUUGAAUUGCACAAAAUCCAGCAUUUUUUCAAUAAUCAAUGUCACUGGUAUUGCCGGGUUACUGAGUAACGGCAGGCUUCGGCUUUUAUUGUUCUGAGUGGAUCCAUUGUUUCUCUUGAGUCAUUUAUAUUUACACGGUGCGACUCUCAGCAAUGAUCAGACGCAAACCUGUCCACUGGCUAUCACUGGAAGUCUGUUGUAGGAAAAUGCCGAUAGAGCAAGUAAUGGAACCCACAGAAAGCGAUAUUUUAUUCAAUAUGUUGCUGUAGUUUGUGAUAUCACCGGGAGAAAGCGACAUGCGCUAGUGACAGUAUUGGAGUACGAUGCCAUCUUGCAGUAUUGUGUAUUGCUAUUUCGAAGACACUGCUGGUGGCUGAAAGCAGUUGACACAGCAAAGAGCAAGCUGUAACGAUGAGACUCUGACAGCUGUCAAAACAGUGGAAAAUGUAGAAGAGGAAAUAAAAUUGUACGGAUUUUCCGACAAAGUAUCGGCAUAAAUUUCGUUUGGAGACACCAUUGAAUGACGUUUACGGUGAUCCUUGCAGUUUUAAAGAGCAGCAUAAAAAUGUCAGACUGAAAUGAGGAAAUGGAUAUUGGAAUUAUAUGUGACUGCAUCGUGAAUUUUAUAUUCAAGUUUGAAUUUCGAUUUCUUUAUCGUCGUUUUGGUUUUGCAAAUUCAGCGUAAUUAAGCUAGAUAUUUUAUGUAAAUGCUGUGUAUCAGAACAAUAAGGUAAUAAUAAUGUUUUCAUUAACAGGAAUUAACGAAAAGGCAACAGCCUGUAAAUGUGCAAUGAUGUUACUCAAAGUUAAUAACAAAUAAAUCCAGAUUUUAAUUACAAUUUUAAUUGCUUUUAAUAGUCGUAUAGAACACUUGUUAACUUCAAAAGAAUCGCACGUCUAUAAUAGCUUACAUCGGCUAGUAAAGCCUAUGAAACCUUGAAGUUAUUUCUGCUGAUACAGAAGGUGGGAGACAUGAUAUAUCAUAUGUCAAACUAUUACAGAAAGCCGCAUCAUCUACAGACGUAGGCUGGCGACCUUUCUCGUUUGGUAUUAUAUCUUGUUUUGCUAAACCGCAAACAGAUUGAAUGCCGAACAAUGGUAGGAGAACCUCACAGACAUAAGAAUUAUGUUACCUAAUAAGGUGAUGCGUGAUAUCUGUUUGAACCAGUGUCAAGUGCCAGACACGACUAAAGUUUAACAUAGACAGAUUUAAUAACUUGAGGAUAAACUUGUCAUGAACAAUCCUCGGUUUAAAGAGUAUAUGUCUCAAAACCUGUUGCAGCGGUGAUUUAGUCUGCCGUGGACUUGUAAUUAACAUAUAUUAUUGUAAGGUUAAGGGACGUGGGCUAUUGCGUGGUUUGUGUAUAUCUAGUUUCAGCUCAAAAAUACGAAUUGUCAUUUUUUCCUUUAACAUGGUUAGAAUAUCGACAGAUAUAGGGGUGCUGUUUAUACCCUCACUCCAGUUUUAAUGGUGGGAAAAUAUAGGACAGGUCUUUUUUCAUAAUUAUUUUCUUUUUAUGCAGUGUGUGCAAAUAUAUAUGUUAAUUCAGUGUUAUGUGAAACAUCGUCGUGGAUUCGAGAUAAUUCUGUGGAAAUUCGUGAAAUUUGGAUUUAAAAUAAAAAUGAAGAAGGGAUUGCUCGCACCACAGAACACAUUCUUGGAUACCAUAGCAACCAGAUUCGACGGAACUCAUAGCAACUUUGUCCUCGGCAACGCCCAAGCGUCCGGCUGUCCAGUUGUUUACUGCUCAGACGGAUUUUGCGAACUGACUGGCUUUCCACGGUCACAAGUCAUGGGUCGGAGCUGCGCAUGCAAAUUCCUCUUCGGGGAUGAAACGCUUGUGGAUGAAAAAGGAAAAAUCGAGGAUGCCCUUGAAAACAAAACUGAGCUUAAAACAGAGCUAUUCUUUUACAAGAAAGACGGAGACAGGUUCAAAUGUUUGCUGGAUAUUGUACCAAUCAAGAACGAAAAAUCACAGGUAGUCCUCAUACUAGUCUCGCAUAAAGAUGUUGGUGAUAAGACUGAGAAAGGAGAGGACACUGAAGGUGAAAAAACCAGCAGUGACGAACCUGACAGUGACGAGGAAAUGGCAGAGGCGUACCGGAGAUGUCAAGCACGUCGGGGCAGAUCUACGGCAGCUUUGCCGGGGACUGCCGGAUAUUCCAAUCAGCGCCGCCGGAGCCGGGCAGUAUUAUAUCAUCUUUCUGGACAGUUUGAGAAGCACAACAGAGCAAAUCGUGCUAAAACGAAAUUGCAGCAACUAAAUAAGUUUAGCUCAAUGUCUGCAAAAAUGCCAGAAUACAAAGUGCAAGAAGUGAAAAAGUCCAAGUUCAUCCUAAUACACUAUGGGAUUUUCAAGAUCGGCUGGGAUUGGUUGAUUUUAUUGUGUACAUUUUACACUGCUAUACUUGUGCCAUAUAAUGCCGCAUUUACACGUGGCGAGAAUAACCGAAGAGAUUCCAUUCAUUCAGAUGUUGUUGUUGAAAUAUUAUUUAUGUUUGACAUAUUGUUCAAUUUCCGUACCUCGUUUGUAAACAAGAGUGGCCAAGUAGUGUACGAAGCUCGUCUAAUUGCGCUUAAUUACAUAAAGGGCUGGUUCCUACUAGAUCUUCUUGCUGCCAUUCCGUUUGAUUUCUUAUAUGUAUUCAACAUUAAUACGGAAGCCCCUGUUCAUUUGCUCAAAGUCGCUCGUUUGAUCCGUUUAGCCAGACUUUUACAGAAAAUAGAUAGAUUUUCACAAUACAGUGCCCUAGUGCUCGCCCUUCUGAUGAGUAUGUUUACCCUCCUGGCUCACUGGCUUGCCUGUGCCUGGUAUGCUAUUGGCAAUGUAGAGUUCGAACACCACACAACAGCUGGUUGGUUGUACGAGCUGAGUGAGAGGCUAGACCUUAACCGUCACGUUGGAAAUAACAGUAGUGAUAAUGAGACAGUAAAACCAGAUAUAAUGAUGAGUUACUUAUCUGCGUUGUAUUUCACGUGCAGUAGCCUCACAAGUGUCGGCUUCGGAAAUGUGUCGGCAAAUACUAACUCAGAAAAAAUAUUUUCUAUAUGUGCCAUGAUCAUAGGAGCUCUUAUGCACGCUGUGGUAUUCGGUAAUGUGACGGCAUUAAUACAGCGUAUGUACCAAAGACGAGCUAAUUUUCAUUCCAAAACUAAAGACUUAAAAGAUUUUUUUCGAGCGUAUGACAUACCAAAGCCCCUGAAACAGCGAAUGCAGGAGUAUUUUCAGACCAUGUGGUCGAUCAAUAAUGGUAUUGAAUCAAAUGAGAUUCUAAAAGAUUUCCCCGAGGAAAUGAAAGGAGAGCUAGGGCUUCAUUUACACAAAGAAGUUCUAAAUCUACCUAUCUUUGAAGAAGCCACACAAGGUUGUCUCAGGUCUAUUGCACUGCAUACAAGAAGGUCGUUUUGUGCACCGGGAGAGUUUCUAGUGCACAAAGGUGAUGCCUCAAACUAUCUUUAUUUGCUGGUCAGCGGCUCAAUGGAGAUUUUGAAGAUGGAUAUGGUUGUCGCAAUAUUAGGAAAGGGAGAUUUGUUCGGCUCAGACAUUGAUUUUAAUGACCCAAUUAGUGUGUGCAACUAUGAUGUAAGAUCACUCACAUAUAGUGAACUGCAGUGUAUUAAUCUUAAAGGCCUCACAGACGUACUGCUGCUUUAUCCAGAUUUUGCUGAGAAAUUCGCCAAGGAUAUUCACAAUGAUCUCACUUAUAACCUUAGACAGACGGGAGAAGAGGAUUCGGAUGAAGAGACUACCAGCAGCCCUAAAACAAGGGUAUGUACUCUACCUUCGAUCUCCGAAGAUGAUGAGUUGUCUCCCUCUGAUGACGAAGACGAAGAGGAGAAGGAAAAACCUACAGAGGAGGACGAUAUGGAACCUCCGUUUUCCAGCCAAUCGGUGAGCUCACCGCUUCUACCUCCCCCUGGGAGAUUAUUCCAGAAACUUCCAAAUGGUGACAUCGCAGUCGAUUCUUUAAAUAGUCCGCCCAGUAUACGACCAUGGGGAAUUCGUAGGACUAGUGGACUUUUGAAUAGACAGUCGAUAAAGGAAACGAGAAAACUGCGUUUAGGCCACCAGCCUGAAACCAUCGACAAAAUCAUUCCCCAUGUCCAAAAUUUACAAAACGAAGUUGAAGGCACAAAGGCAGCGAUAAGUAAAUUAGAGCGCAAAGUUACAAGAAUUGGGCAAAACAUUUCUUCAAUUGAUAGAAACAUGCGUGAAAUUCUAAAACACCUUACAAACGCUUCUAAAAUGUCGCCCCUAGAGUCAUUGGCUCCAGCUUCUCCGUGCACACCAUGCCCUUCAUCAACACAUUUCAAUUUUGACUUCCAGAAUAGCACAGUUAAGCACGAAGCUAAACAAGGGUCGGCUCGCGAAAAGUUAAGAGAAACUAAAUCUGAUGAUCGUGUGUUACUGCAUGUGCAAAGUGAAUGCGGUAAUCAAGAUGACCUUAGUGAAAGGCGCGAGGAAUUUAAUCCUAGACGUAGAAGCAGUUUGCAAGUUCCACUUCUGUUGAAUCCACAUGAACUUGUUGGCCGCAGACAUAGUGAUGGAAAUAAAAAGAAAAAUAUUCGAAAUCAAUUUCAGAUAGGAAUGCCAAUUUCUAAGAGUGAAUAUAACGUUCGUGAAAAUGAAAGAACGGGCUAUAAAGAAACAGAUAGACUUUUAGACAACAGUGAUGAUGUGAGUUUCACUGAAAGUGAUCUGACGGGAUCUUACGGGAAUAUUACUGAUAAUGUUCUGCAAACAGAUAUAGAGCGGGAAAAUGCAAGUAUAGCGGAGAAAAGUGACGAUGGACUGAAUUUUAUGGGUAGACUAGAGGAAGUUCAUUCUGACACUUGUAAAUCUCCGUUAGAACUCCGAAGAAUUGUAGAGGUAUGUGAUAACGACACAGUCUGUGAUAAGGAUGCGAUAAGGAAAAGUUCAACUUUUGAUACAUUUAAGGUCACUCCAAAAUUAACCCUGAAUAAGGAUCAAAGUAUGCCUGCAUUAAAGUUACAUCUGCCGGACAGACCAAAAUAUUCAGACAGGAACGAUUUAUUUUGUAAUGAUAAAACAGGGAUAUUUCUAGAAACAUUGCAGUCAUCACGAAAGAGCAAGAGCUGUGUAGAAAUAUCUCCGAAACCUAAACGAUCAGACAUGUCGGCGAAAGCGAAAAGUUAUGACAUAUUAGAAACAGAAUUCGGCGCCAGAACACCAAACGAAGUACGAACAAUUCAUGUACGAACAAAAUGUGAUUCUCAUAAUGGUUUCACAACAUCACGAGGUACAUCUGAUUUGGGAAAGAAAUCAAUUGAAAUGACAAAUGACAGAAUUUGUCCGAAUGAAAUUUGUCCGCCUAUAAAAGAGGUUGAAACGUGUACGUCAUCUGUCUGGUUUAACGGCGGAAAGGAUUUACACUUGUCUUGUCCUUCUGAGAGUUCUGUUAAAGAAAAUCAUACUUGUUAUGAAGACACGCAUACAGAGAUAGUUUUAGACAAUUCCAGAGCAGACUCAGGACAUGUUAGCCUAAUUGAGACGGUACAAUCAGAUUUAGAAAAGAAAGAAAAACGUCAUAGAGAACAGAAUACUUUGACAAAACAUGCUGAAUUCAUUGAUACUGACGAUAAGCUUAGUCCUAUUUCAUUAGUCAAUUCUCAUGAAAAGCUACGGAGAUUAAAACCUGACGUUUCUCCAGAUUCCCUUACAGAUAUAAGUGAAAGUCUUAUUACUGACAGUGUUAAAACAGAAGAUGAAACCGUGAUAGAUAUAGAUUCAGAAGUUACUGUGAUAAAUAAUAUAUAUGGACCAUUAGUGGACACUUCUGUUGUAAAGACAACUGAUCUUUAGCACUUUUAUAUGAAGUUUAUAUAACUUUAUCAGCAGAAAUCCGUUUUUUUCUAUUUCUUAAUCUAGAUAACACAAACUGGUUAAAUGGGUUUAUGUGUCAUCAAUGUUUAUGUGCUUGAUAUUGUCCAUUUGUUUAUAAGUGACAUUUUUAUAGGCCCGGGUGUAAAAUUUACAUGCUUACCGGUACAUUUUAAAGAAGAUGCAGGAUAUACAUGCUUCUGGUAGUAUUGUUUCAUUUGUUGUUAAAUUAUUAGUAUCUAAAAUAUAAAAAUAAGAGGAAGACAUACAGAUUUUUUUUUACUUCUAUAUUUUCGUGAUUUGAUCUGGAGAUUUUUGCAUAUUCCUGUAUAUGUAAUUAUUCUAAGAAUUUAUUAUUUGAUUAUAGUAAUUAAGACUUAUAUUAUGACUUUUUCUUUUUAAAAAUCCGACUUUUGAAACUGCUUUCAAAAAUCAGGGAAAUCAGAAUAUUGUGUUCUCGAAAAGUCAAAACGCUGUUUUAGUAUAUUAUUUAGUAUUCGCUGCAAUCAGUACAAAUAUAUAAUUAGCAACCUGAAGUAUAUUCGUCAUUCUGUAUAAUAAUGUACUACUUUAGAAACUAUUAAAAUAGUUCAGUUAAAAGACGUUUCCGCGCUAAAUGCUGUUUUCAAGAUAAACGGGUAGGUUUCUUUUGUAUAUAAUUUUAAUAAAAUUCAUGAAUGACCUGGUCAUUUAACAUCAGUAUUUUAAAAACUGUAGAAGCCUCCAACUAAACAUUGAUUAUUUCAGUUGAUGGAAAGAAUGACAUCAGACAUAUAUAAACAUUUUCACUGCACACGGUCUUUUGCGAUUUCAUUGUUCUUUGCUUUUUAUACAUGCUACUUUCACUUCCACAAAUGUGCAUAUAAUGGAACAUUUAUUGUUGAUUAUAGCGUAUAUUUAUUUAUUCACAUUAUCUUUACACGAGGUUUCAUGGACUCUUUUUUAGCACCUUAAUUUAUUUUUUAGUACUAUACUCAAUUAAAAAUGCAACUCUCAAAAGGUAGUUAUACACUGCUAAAACUGAAAGGAAUUUCUACCGGAGUGAGUAAAUCUGAGAUUUAGUGUAUAAGUAGGUCAGAUAGAGUUUUUUCUGUGGUUAUUUUCUACAGUGAGUAGGAAUAUUUCCAUUAUUAGCUCAAUGCUCAGGUGAGUUUUUGUGAUCGCUCGAUGUCCGGCGUCCGUCGUCUUUGUCUGUCUGUCUGUCUGUCUGUCAAAAUUCAGUUUGUGUAUGCGAUAGAGGCUGUACUUUUCAACUGAUCUUUAUGAAAUUUGCAAAUAAAUGUUUCGGCUAUUUUAUAACGUCAGAUAUCAUCAGAAAAGCAAUGUUUUAAAGUACAAAUGGGCCGCGCCAUGAGAAAACCAACAUAGUGCGUUUGCGACCAGCAUAGAUCCAGACCAGACUGCGCAUCCCCGGAUUCGUAGGCUGAUCUGGAUCCAUGCUGAUCGCAAAGGCACUAUGUUGGUUUUCUCGUGCUGCGACUCAAAUAUAUGCCGUCCAUUAACAAAUACCUGUGUUGUUGUUGCUGCCGUAUUUUGUGUUUACGGAGUACAUAGUAACACCUUCAAAUAACUCUUUAAUGAUGGCGUAUUUUUUAUUUUGUUCACUAACUAUUUACAGAAUAUGUACGACAGACUAAAGUUGUAAAUCUUUUCCCAACUGAGUGUUUGUUGUAAUUUGUUAUCGAAAGAAAUACAGCGGUGAAAGUAACUGGAGCAUUAUUUUACGCAAUAUUACUCCGCCAAAGAAAUAUUUCUGUAUGCAAAGCUAAUAAUCGUUAUCAAACAUACUAUUUUAACUCAUAAAGAGUAGGAAAUUGUUUCUUCACUCAAAGGAAAAAAAUCAGCAUAGAUGUCUUUUGGAAACAAGAUGACAGCACAAAUGACGUCACUUAACCAAUAUGAAGUUUAAACGUCAUAUUUCAAAAAUGCUGGCGUUUAAAAUUCCAGUUACCAAAUAGAGUUUGAAAAGGAAUAUCUCAUUUUCAGUCACAACUGGUAUAUUUAUAUAGUGAUAUAUUCAUUUUAGGCCAAAAAAAUAAUAAUAAUCAGUAUGACAUGAAGAUUCAAAUUAGAAUAUUCUGUUAAUAGAAAGAUACAACUGUCUCAUAGAUGAUUAACGUUAUAGAAUAUUAAAACAUUAUGUUUCGAUUACAUAUCACAUAAAAUGUUUGUAAUAAUGUUAUUGUUAACUUAACAUUACAAGGGAGUGGUCUUAAAAGAAAAUGUAAUGUUUUGUCACGUGACUGUGUUCUCCGUUGCUUUGAAUGUCACAUUUUAUAAAUUUCUCACCUUUUCUAACGCCAUAAUAUUUACAUCUUACAUAUCAUUGUACACAAUUGUGUUAUCAAUUGAUGUGUUAUUUUCUUUAAGACAUGUAAGAAGACGAAUGUACGAGUGUUAUUCAAUAAAUACGUAAACUGGCGAAUUCACGAGGGUUGUUCAAUAAAUACGUAGACUGGCGAAUGUACGAGGGUUAUUCAAUAAAAACGUAGACUGGCUCUACAGCCCC